AUGGAUUAAAACAAAUCAAAAUAUACUAUUCCGUCUUUCAUUAUUAAAUUGCAUGCCAUAUUAGAAGACUUAGUAAUGAGUAAUAUAUAUAGCAAAAGAAUAAUUCGUUAAUAAUCACAUGGACACCACAAGGAGAUGCAUUUAUUGUUUUAAAUCCAGAAAUAUUGGAACAAUAAAUACUUCCUUAACAUUUUAAACAUAAUCAUUUUACUUCCUUCUUGCGACAGUUGAACAUGUAUGAUUUUUAGAAGAUUCGAAACCAGAACAAUUAACAAGUGUUUUGGCAUUAAAAUUUCUUAAAAGGACAAGAGUAUUAUUUAAUUUAAAUAUUAGACAUCUCUUAGUUUUGUUGAAAAGAAGUUAAAACAAAUUGUAAUAAAAGCAGAGGUUUAAUCAUCAAUGCUAUUAAACAUUUUUGAUAGAGGAAAUCACUUCAAUAAAAUAAAACUUAAAAUAAGAUGAAUAAUAAUUCACACAUAUUAUUAAUUAGCACGAGAUUAUACUAUAACAGCAUAAAUAAAUUUAUUUGGAUUUACAAUAACAGAGAGAGUAAAUGGAAAUUAAAUACGAGAAAUUGAAUGGACAGGUUUAGGCAAUCAUAAGUUGGUAUAAAGUAGAUUCGACUAGUUAAUAUUUUGAAAGCUGUUCUUAAGAGGAAGAACCGUCAGAAUAUUUUUGUUCCUAAAAUCUCUGA